GAGCGCGCGCGCCCCCGUUUCCGCGCGCGGAAAGCUCGGCUCUCUCUCAGCACGCGAUCCUGUCGCGCUCGGGACAAACCGUCUGCGAGUGUAUGAGUGAGAGAGAAAGCUCUGGGGCGGAAAAAAACCCCCAAACAAACCAAACAAACCCGGUGUUUCUUAGUUUAAAAGAAGGAAAGAAAAAAAAACACGAAGGAGAUUCAAGUCGAAAUAUUUCCGCGAGCAGAAAAAGAAGAAGAUAAAGCAGAAGAAGGAGAAGAAGGAGAAGAAGGAGAAGGAGAAGACGGUUUGUUGUUCCUCCGUUAACACAGCUCAGACCAUGAUGCAUCCGAGCAAGGAAGAACGAAUCCAAAUAAUUCUACUCAUACAAAAUCAAAGUCGAAGACAACGUAUUGAGCAAGUUGUGAGGUCACUGUUUAGUCUUGAGGAACUCUAAAACACACCACUAACUGCAGGGUGACCGUCUGACUUCCAUGGAUUUUCUUUUCUUAUCUUGAGUCGUGGAGGUAUCCGUGACAACCGUCCUGACGUUCCUCAUCCUUUACCGUUCCGACCUCGGAUCUGCAACAUCCAAAUCUCUCCAUUCGUCAGAGAGGAAGAUGAGAGCAAUCAUCUAGUAAAGAGGACUGAAGAGCAUGUGUCGUCGGACAGAAUGACUCAUUUAAGAGAAGAGAAAACUCCUGUGUUUUGCAGUGGAACCUCAUAAACCCACAUACGCACACACACACACACACACACACACACACACACACACACACACACACAGUCUCUAUGGCCGUAUUUGCAUAGCAGCCCUCGUGCUGAACUGAGGCUGGGUUUUUGCUGCGUUGUGAUUGGUCAGGAUGCCAGCGAAAGGGAAGUACCUGCUGAAUGAGCAGAAGCUGAAACAGGAAGCACUGUACAGGAAGUUCUCGUGCAUCAGCCAGUAUCAGCCUCUGGUGUUGCUGCUCGGACUGAGCGUGCUCACGUGUGCUACCCUGCUAGUGCUGUUUUUUAGCCUGCAACUGAGUGUGCACAACCAUGUAGCAUUUGUGGGCGUGGUUAGCUGUGCGCUGUUUGUGUUCCUGGCUGUGUUUGUGCUGGUCUGUGCCGAGGCGCUCACUCAGAAAUGGACCACGCUGUUGGGGCUGGUGGUGUGGGCUACACACCUCAGCAUGGGAUUUACCUUCAUCUAUUGCACAGAGCUCAUUCUUCCUUGGGACCAGGUGCCUUUCUUCCUCUUCAUCAUCAUCACGGUGUUCACGCUCCUCCCCUUCCAGAUGUGGUACGCCGUCAUCCUCAGCAUCGUCUCCUCCCUCUCUCACAUUAUUGUCCUGUCAGUGCACUUCACCUUAGUCAAGUCUCACCCGGAGCCUAAACUCACCAAUCAGCUCUUGUCGAAUGUGGUGGUGUUUGUGUGUGGGAGUGCAGUGGGCGCGUUUCAUAAGGUUCUAAUGGAGAAAGCUCUCAGGCAGACUUUCCAGGACACACUGCGCUGCCUCGGCAUCCGCAUGAAACUGGAGAUCGAGAAGAGGCAGCAGGAGAAUCUGUUGCAGUCAGUACUGCCUGUGUAUAUUUCGAUGGAGAUGAAGCUGGCCAUAAUGGAGCGCUGUAAAUGUAAAGAUAAGGAGGCACAGCAGCGGCUGGUCAAAGACAAUAACUUCCACAGUCUCUACGUCAAGAGGCACGAGAACGUCAGCAUCCUUUACGCAGACAUCGUUGGUUUCACUCGUUUAGCCAGCGACUGUUCUCCCAAAGAGUUGGUGAUCAUGCUGAAUGAGCUUUUUGGAAAAUUUGACCAGAUUGCCAAAGAGAAUGAGUGUAUGAGGAUAAAGAUCCUGGGUGAUUGUUAUUACUGUGUGUCUGGACUACCAGUCUCCUUGCCGAGACAUGCCAAGAACUGCGUCAAAAUGGGUUUGGACAUGUGUGAGGCUAUUAAGCUGGUUCGGGAGGCGACAGGAGUGGAUAUUAACAUGCGCGUGGGCGUGCACUCAGGAAACGUGCUCUGUGGCGUGAUUGGUCUACGCAAAUGGCAGUUUGACGUCUGGUCACAUGACGUCACCUUGGCCAAUCACAUGGAGUCUGGAGGGUUGCCUGGCCGGGUACACAUCACUGAGGCCACUCUGAAGCAUCUGAAUAAAGCGUACGAGGUGGAGGAAGGAAACGGCCACCUCCGAGACGCUUACCUGAAGGAGCUCAACAUCAAGACUUACCUGGUUAUAGACCCGCGGUCUAAGGACCCGUCUCAGAGCAGCAGUAGCAUUCCUAAGCAGCGUGUGAGUGAUGGUUUGAAGAUGCGAGCGUCGGUGAGAAUGACGCGCUACCUGGAGUCGUGGGGGGCCGUGAAACCCUUCUCCCAUCUCCAGAGCAGAGAGGGCUUCAUCACUGACACUGUGGUGAACAGCAAGAACCGCUUCAAGGACAUUCCUAUGAGAUCAGCGCCGUUAAAAAUGACAGAAAGCUUUGAUGAGUCUCUUGAGGAGUCCUUGUCCUUUCCCGCCCCUCCCUUCAGCGUGAAUAAGAAUAAAUCCCAGAAGACCAAGUUUGAUGAGCAACUGCACAAUGAGAUGAUCACCACCAUCGAUGAGCUGAGCUCUAGCAAGCAGUGGGUGAAGUCGGAGGAGAUUUCUGGUCUCACUCUGUGGUUCACUAAGCGUGGGCUGGAGAAACAGUACAGGACUACAGAAAUGCCUAGUUUUAAGUACUACAUCAGCUGUGCCACAUUUGUCUUCCUGUGUAUCUUCAUCAUUCAGAUGUUUGUCACCCAACAACCUACGCAGCUGGGAUUGGUGUUUGUGUUGUUGGCGUGUGUGUUACUGCUGACCCUUGCCAUUUGUUUUGCCGGUCACAUUCAGAAACUGUUCCCGGAAAAGUUAGAAUCCUGCCAGUGGUUAUCAGCCGUGUCCGAAGCUGUGGUCAAGAGGCCUUGUGUGCGUCUCCCGCUAGCAACUAUGGCUACAACAGUUAUCGUUAUCAUUGCCUUGUUCAACCUGUGUUUUAACCCAGUCAAUCCACACCCUGGUCAGGGAAAUGGAAGCAGCACGUUUAGUAAUAAUGAUCAUUUCUUCUGCUUGCCUUAUUCAGUGUAUAGCUGUAUCCUGACAUUACUGGUGUGUGGAGUAUUUUUGAGAGUGAGCUUCGAGCUGAAGGUGGCCUUCCUCUUUGUCGCCUCAGCCAUUUAUUACAUCAUCAUAGGCUGUACCCAGAAGGAUCUGUUCAACAAGUACAGCUGCUUGCUUUAUAAAAAAUUCAACAGUUGCAGUACUGAAGAACUCACAGAUUCACUGAUGAAUGGAGGGUUGAUGAAAGAUCCGCAGACUAUGAGCUGCAUCUACAUCACUCUGUUCCUGUUUACCAUGCUGCUUAUAUCACGUCAGGAUGAGUUCUGCAGCCGUCAGGAAUUCCUGCUGAAGAACAAGAACCGCACGGAUAAGGACGAGAUCGAGCUGUGUGAGAACUUGACGCGGCUGCUGCUGGAGAACGUUCUCCCAGCUCACGUGGCUGCGCUGUUCGUGGGCGAGAACAAAAAGAAUGAGGAUCUGUACUACAAGUCGUACGAUUGCGUGUGUGUGAUGUUUGCUUCAGUCCCGGACUUUAAGGAAUUCUACACCGAGUGCGACAUUAACAAAGAGGGACUGGAGUGUCUGAGACUGCUUAAUGAGAUCAUCGCUGACUUCGAUGAGUUGCUGUCUAAGCCGAAGUUCAGUGGCGUAGAGAAGAUUAAGACUAUCGGCAGCACGUACAUGGCUGCUGCAGGUCUCAGUGGGACACCUGGACAGGAGACGAACCAGGACCGGGAGCGGCAGCCGGCACAGAUCGGCAUCAUGGUGGAGUUUGCCAUCGCUCUGAUGGGAAAGCUGGACGGCAUCAACCGGCAUUCGUUUAACAGUUUUAGACUGCGUGUGGGAAUAAACCACGGGCCGGUAAUAGCAGGGGUGAUCGGCGCACGCAAGCCGCAAUACGACAUCUGGGGAAACACUGUGAACGUAGCCAGUCGAAUGGAGAGCACCGGAGAACUGGGCAGGAUCCAGGUGACGGAGGAGACGUCGGACGUGCUGCAGAAGCUGGGUUACUCGUGCGAGUGUCGAGGUCUGAUCAACGUGAAGGGCAAAGGGGAACUCAAAACGUUUUUUGUAUGUACAGACUCCAAUAAGCAGCAGGGAAUGGGGCUCAGCUGAAAGUGCUGACGUUCUCUCUCUCUCUCUCUCUCUCUCUCUCUCUCUCUCUCACACACACACGCCGCUGGAUGGGUAGGUUUUUUUUUUUUUUUUUAUGUUAUUUCUUGGAAUGUGAAUUGUUUUUUUUUUUUUUAUGCUGUUGUACAAGUCGGAGAGGAUUUUCAAACGUUGGAAGACUGGGACAGAAGCCUAAAAAACCCUCACAAAGCCAGAAACUUUGAACAAAUAUACACUUUACAGACUGGCUGAGACUGAACGUUCCCACCUAAUCCUGGAGCAAGUUUUUUUUUUUCUUCCCCUCCCCGCAGUGUUCAGUGACCUUAAACUUGUCUGCUCUGUUCUGAUCCUUAAAAACUGUGGAGGCAACAAACCGAGCUCACAGAAGAGGAACUUUGAGUGUUCUGAAUACUGCUGAUUGUCCCUGUAAGUCUUUGUCUUAAAUGUGACAUUACUAGCAAAUGAUGGGACCUGCACACUCAAACAUGAAGAGGACAUUUUAUUAUUAUUAUUGUUAUUAUUAUUAUUAAUAAUAAUAACUAGAACAUGAUGUGAAGCUUUUUUUUUUUUGUGAAGUUGUGGACAGACUUGUUGCUGAAUGACUUCAAACUGUUUCUAGAAAAACUCUUUGGCUUUUGAAUUUCAGUAUUUCUGUCAAUUCAUGUUGUCCUGAUCUAACAGGAAUUUAUGCGUCAAUGUUACGCGUCAAGACUAAGCAGGUCUAAACAUAAUUAACCUAGCAAAAAAAUAAAUAAAAUGCUAGAGUACAAUCAGUUUGAUUGCAAAAAAAAAAAAAAGAAAA